AUGCCUGGCUUAGCCUCACCCAAAACACCAUCCCAGACCAUUUUCGUGCCCGACCCGACCCGUAAAAUACAGCACUUCAAUGGUACCAAAACCCCGUCACCUUCCACCUCACGACCGAAAGCCUCCAGAAAAACGCAACCCGUCGAUGAGACUUCGCUCGACAACCCGGAUCUGGGUCCGUUCUUGUUAAAGCUCGCCCGGGAUACUUUCGGGUCGGGCGAGAGCCCGAACAAGGCUUUGGACUACGCCAUUCGGGCUUCCAAGUCAUUCGAGAGGUGUUCGGGUCCGGGUCUGGACCUCGCUAUGAGCUUGCACGUUGUGGCCGCGAUAUACUGUAGUUUGGGCAGGUUUGAAGAGGCUGUUCGGGUUUUGGAGCGGGCAAUUGAGGUCUCGGAUCCGGAAAACGGGCCGGACCAUGCGCUGGCUAAGUUCUCCGGGUACAUGCAGCUGGGUGACACGUGUUCGAUGCUAGGACAGCUUGAGCAGUCCAUUUUAUGUUACGAGUCGGGUUUGAAGAUCCAAAGGGAGACUCUGGGCGGGUCGGAUCCGAGAGUUGCAGAGACUUGCAGGUACCUAGCAGAGGCCCAUGUCCAAGUAAUGCAAUUUGAUGAGGCCGAGAACUACUGCAAGAAGACUCUUGAAAUUCGAAGGGAGCAUAGCUCACCUGCGUCUGUUGAAGAGGCUGCUGACCGGCGUCUCAUGGCUCUCAUCUAUGAGGCAAAGGGAGAUUAUGAAUCAGCACUCGAGCACCUUGUUCUUGCAAGCAUGAUUAUGAUUGCCAAUGGGCAAGACAAUGAGGUUGCUGCUAUCGACAUGGGCAUUGGUGACAUUUACUUGUCUCUUUGCCGCUUUGAUGAGGCGGUUUUUUCCUACCAGAAAGCACUUACAGUGUUCAAAUCCACAAGGGGUGAAAACCACCCUUCUGUAGCAUCAGUUUUUAUUCGCCUGGCUGACUUGUAUUACAAGACAGGCAAGCUAAGAGAGUCCAAAUCCUACUGCGAGAACGCGUUGAGGAUAUACGCGAAUCCUUUGCCUGGAAUCAUAUCUGAGGAAAUUGCUAGCGGGUUGACUGAAAUCUCAGCCAUCUACGAAGCUGUCAAUGAGCCUGAGGAGGCGCUAAAUCUCUUGCAGAAGGCAAUGAAGUUAUUAGAGGACACCCCUGCACAGCGGAGCACUAUUGCAGGAAUAGAAGCGCAGAUGGGUGUUAUGUUCUAUAUGGUUAGGAGGUAUGGGGAGGCCUGGAGGUCCUUUAAUAGUGCUAUAUCAAAGCUUCGGGCCAGCGGGGAGAGGAAAUCAGCACAUUUUGGUAUUGUGCUGAACCAGAUGGGAUUGGCUAGUGUGCAGCUGUACAAAUUAGAAGAGGCUGCUCGGCAUUUUGAAGAAGCAAGGGAGAUUCUGGAGGAGGAGUGUGGCCUUUGUCACGUGGAUACUCUUGGAGUAUAUAGCAACCUUGCAGCAACUUAUGAUGCCAUGGGAAGAGUAGAAGCUGCAAUUGAGAUGCUAGAGCACAUUCUAAAGGUGAGGGAAGAGAAGCUUGGGACGGCACAUCCAGAUUUUGACGACGAGAAGAAAAGACUGGCUGAUCUUUUGAAAGAAGCAGGAAGGGCUAGGAACAGAAAAGGAAAAUCACUUGAAAAUCUACUUGGUUCCAACUCCCACCAAAGGACGAAGAAGGAAGGAGUGAAGAGGUGGGCUGGCUUUGGACACAAAACUUGA